AUGGCUUCUCUGAUCAGUCUCAAAAGACAACAGCAACAACCAACAACCAGACACAAGCCAUCUGCUCUGCGGCGUGCUAUCCCUCUGCCUAUCGCCACUCUCCAUUCGUCUCCGCUCGCUACGCACAUGCCUUCAAGCAGGGACGGAGAUGGCGGCACGCCCACGGCGCCCUACGCGCUACUGGCGCAGCCCUCGCCUCUCCGGGACGAGAUCGAGGCCGACAGCAUCUUGGGCAGCAACGUGGUGGACGUCCACGUGGACGAUGUGGCCGAGCUGAGUCAGAUCCAGGAGGACACGAAGCGAGAGGAGGCUGAGGACAUCGACGACCGGGACUACCGCUACGUGUAUCUGAACGCUCUCGAGAAGAACACGGCGCUUAACUAUUGCUCGAAUCUGGUGAUCACCAGUCGCUUCACCGUCUACAAUUUCCUGCCCAAACUGCUCUUCUACGAGUUCAGCAAGCUGGCGAAUGCGUAUUUCCUAGUCAUUUCCAUCAUGCAGACCAUCAAGCCCAUCUCCAACACGGGGGGCUUCCCGGCUUCUUUACCUGCUCUAUCGAUUAUCGUGCUCAUCGAUAUGUUCUUCGCCUGUCUCGAGGACUACAAGCGCCACAAAGCAGACCAUAUUGCCAAUAAUUUGCCCUGUCUGAGGUUCCAACGAGACGCGAAAGCGUUCGAACCUGCCAAAUGGCAUACUUUACAGGUCGGAGAUGUCGUAAAAGUGGCCAAUCGAGACCCCGUGCCGGCGGAUCUGGUGAUUCUGGGCGCCUGUGAGCCAGAUCCGCUAAACCCCGCGGGUAUCUGCUACGUGGAGACCAAAUCGCUGGAUGGAGAGACGAAUCUGAAGCUCCGACAAGGCCUGGAAGGCACAUACACAGCGCUACUAAGCGACGCAGCCGUGGGGGACAUAAAGGGAACGCUGGUGUGCGAGACGCCGAAUAACUCGAUCCACCGCUUCAGUGGCUCCAUGACACUAAAAGGAGGGAAGAAGGAGGUCAUUACGACCAACGCCAUCGUGCUACGAGGCUCCACUCUACGCAACACGGAGUAUAUCUACGGACUGGUCGUGAACACUGGACCGGAUACGAAGAUCAUGAUGGCGUCGUCUUCUGAACCCAUAAAGUGGAGCAACAUGGAACGUCGACUUAACAAGCAGAUCCUGUACAUCUGUGUGCUUAUGGUGGUGCUGUGCUUGACGGGCGCCAUCUUGUCGACGGUCUGGAACGCGCAGUAUCUGGACAAAGACCGACACAAGGCGGCGUGGUAUCUGUACGACGGCGGCUCGACAGCUGUCAAGUCGCCGGACGACGCGCUUUUCGACGCACUGACGCAGAAGAACAGCACACAAGCGAAGGCUAUUAGCGCGUUUUUCGAGCACUUGGCCGUGUGUCACACUGUCAUGCCGGAGAAGGCUCCUGACAAUAGUCUGCGCUUAAGUGCGUCGUCUCCGGACGAACAAGCGCUGGUUGCUGCAGCGGCGUGUUUCGGCUACAAGUUCGUGGCGCGUGGACCUGGUAAGGCCAUGGUCGAGUAUUUCUCGUGUGUGGACAACCCCGAAGCUAUGAGCUGCAACCAGCCAGUGGCUGAGCACGCUGUGGGCUCGUACGAGGUUCUGGAAGUGCUUGAAUUUAACAGUACGCGCAAGCGUAUGUCGGUCAUUGUCAAGGGGCCGCAAGGAGAGCUCAAGCUGUUCUGUAAGGGCGCGGAUACUGUCAUGUACGAGCGUCUGAGACCCACAAAUGACCCGGCUGUCAAACAAACGCGUAACUUAACGCUGCAACACAUGGAACAAUUCGCUUCUGAGGGUCUACGUACACUAGUGAUCGGUACGACCGACGUUGACCCGGAUUUUUUCGAGUCGUGGGUGAUUCGAUACCGUACUGCUAUCAACGAUAUGCGCCAGAUCGAUCUGCGUCGUAAUGGCGAAGAUAACGACAUCGAUCGACUCAUGGAGGAGAUUGAGAAGAACCUGGACAUCCUGGGUGCCACAGCUAUUGAGGACCGCCUCCAAGCUGAAGUGCCCGACACGAUUUAUAAGCUACGACAGGCGGCGAUCAAGAUCUGGAUGCUGACAGGCGACAAGGAGGAGACGGCAAUCAACAUCGGCUUUGCGUGUCGUCUCCUAGCUUCCGACAUCGAACGCGUUGUGAUCUCAGCGGAUACUCACCCGGAUUUGGCUUCUAUCGUGGACGAACUGGAAGCGUACGCGCGUGAAGUGAGCGACGAGGGCACGUCUGCGUCGACAGCAUGUGGAGCACUGACGUCUUCCACGACACCGUUGGAGCGAAGUUCCUCCGUCAUUCAUCAGCGCAAACGGCUGACACGUAUCGAGAGUUUGGCCGAGAUGCAUCAGCAGGAGUUGGCGUUGGUUAUUGACGGCGAGACGUUGGAACUUGCACUCGAAGAGUGUCCGGAAUUGCUGCUCAAGGUGGCUGAAAAGUGCGUGGCAGUGAUCGCGUGUCGUGUCUCUCCUGCCCAGAAGGCGCAGCUGGUUCGACUUGUGAGAGAGAAUAACCCGGAGAUGCGGACGCUGGCAAUUGGUGACGGAGCGAACGAUGUCUCGAUGAUUCAGGCAGCACACGUGGGGGUGGGGAUCUCGGGACAGGAAGGCAUGCAGGCGGCUAACUCGUCGGAUUAUGCUAUUGCGCAGUUCCGCUUCUUAUCGCGCCUUUUACUGGUUCACGGACGCUGGAACUAUGUGCGUAUGGGCAAGCUUAUCCUGUAUAUCUUCUACAAGAACGUGAUCCUGAACUUGACCCAGUUCUGGUACAUGAUCUACACGGGUUACUCUGGACAGAAGUUCUUCCUCGAAUGGGGCCUUCAGGGCUACAACCUGCUCUUCACAGCGUUGCCUAUCGUGCUUGUGAGUACCUUUGAGCAAGACGUACCAGCGUGUCUCGCACACAGCUACCCGCUGUUGUACCGUAUCGGUCAAGAGAAUACGCGGUUUAACACGAAAGUGGUGUGGGCCUGGAUAACGUCGUGUGUCUGGGAGUCGCUCAUCAUCUGCUUCGGCGUCGUGUACGGGAUGCGGUAUCUGGUCAAUGGCGGUGAUACACCGACAAUGUGGGUCUACGGCUGCACGUCUUUCACGAUUGUAUUGAUCGUGGUGACGCUAAAACUGUGUCUGCAUCAGCAGAUGUGGUGGCCCAUUCACAUCGCCAUCUACAUUGGCUCUUUUAUGCUUUGGAUCGGCACUGCAGCUUUUAUUUCUGCUGGUGAUUCAGUCAGUUCGUCGUACUGGAACGGCGUCUUCUCGAACACGUUCCGCAUCGAUGCCUUCUGGUUGGUACUGCCGCUUCUCGUGGUCGCCGCGUUGUCGCGCGACUUUAUGUGGAAGGGAUACAUGCGCAUGUUCAGGCCGUCGUACAAGCAUUUAGCACAGGAAGUGAACACCUUUGGUCUCACACAUAUCGCCGACCAGCUGCUCACAUUCCCGCCAGCCGAGAAGAUCCCAGAGGACGCUCUUGGAGGCGAGGCUGGUCGUGUGGCAGGCUCCGUACUGACGUCCAGUAUGCGCGAUACAAGCGUGGCCAAGCCGAUGGCUCCUGCCGUGGUGAUGGCCGCCCGUCCGCUAAUUGGCCGUAUUGGCAGCCGUCGCUCCAUCACAAGAGGCAGCGCGUUCAGCUACGACGCCGAGAGUGUUAUGGUCGAGUCCUUCAUGUCUACAGACCGAUACGCGCGCGACGCCAAGAGGACCAAGUCGAUCUUCGAACGCCACGCGAGUCGCGGCUCAUUGGCGUUCCACCGCCUGCCGCUCGACUCGGACGGAGACUUGGAUCUCACAGAAAGCGCGCGCUUGUCUAACGCGCGCACAGCACGCGCAGUCACGUCGGUAGAUGAGUCUCCUUCACGGUCUGCAGGCAACGUCUUCCGCGGCGCGCGGCACGGCCAAGGUCGACGACGUUUCUUCUCUGUAUCUGCGCUCUCACGUGAACCUGAAGGCACUAGAGCGCGUGAAAAUGCCACGACAAAUGCUGGUGCACACCCUCGACCGUCCAUCAGCACGUUGGACCGCGUACGGGAGAACUUGACCAUGAGCGACUUUGGCUCGGACGGACGUCGUAGUUCCCGCAGACCUUCCGUGAACCGCCGGACACGCGGCUUCGAGAAUCGCGCAAUGUCCAGCGACGACGUCCAGGAUCUCGCUUAUGGAGACAGUGUCAAUACACCGGUGCGGCGCUAUGCGAGACGUAGCAUGAUGUCAACAAGUGUGUGCGUGCUGUGCUUAACUGCGACUGCGGCUUUGGCUUCGACUGGGGCUGCGGCGUCGACCACGGCCACGACUGGAGCUUCGGCUUCGACUGCGGCUGCUGAAGCUACGUCCUCGACUUCGGCUGCGACUUGCACUGCGACUGCGUCCUCGCGAACGGCUGAAGCUGCGGCUUCGACUUCUGCUGAAGCUCCGACUGCGGCUUCUGCUACGACUGGGACUACGGCGACGUCGGAAUGGACUGGGCGAGCGUCGACGGCCUCCUCGGAACGGCGGUGGACUGCGUCGUCCUCCACGGAACGGCGACGACCCACGGCGACGGAAUGCCGGCGAACGGGAGCGCCCACGUCGGUUGCCAAAGCUGCGGCUACGACUGCGUCCUCGGAAUGGCGACGCGGCACGGCGCUUUCGCCCACGACGUGGCGGGACGGCCAUUUCCACGCGCACUACGGCGCCGAACUUGCCGAAGAUCUCGCGCAGAUGAUCCGUAUUCACAUUGCGCGUGAGGUUCUCGACGCGUAG